UGGCAAACAAGACUUAGCAGCAGCUGCCCCACCGGCUUACUGUACACAUGACAGGAUCCAGGACAGCAGGACCAAGCCAGCAGUUGCAGCCUGAGCCCACUGCAGACCGGACUGACAUUGAACUAAGAGCCAUUCCCAGCCAUCGCAUGAUGCUCCUAAGGCCAGCCAAACAGCCAUAACAGCCUCAGAGAUGGAGUCUGAGAGCUGGGAUGGAUCAGCACAACACAACGCCUCUGCCGGGGACACAGGCAGGAGAGAGCAGUGCCCGGCUGACACAGCACAGACUGUGCAUCCUACAGACACACACACCUCCUCCCUCAGUGACCUGGGGCAAGGAUCCUGCAGAUAGAACGGAACUACCAGCAUUACACCACAUGGGCCUGGCCAUCCUGAACAAUGCUGUUCACCCUGUACAUCUGUCUCCUCUGGCUGUCUACCAGUGGGCUCUGGACCAUCCAGGCUAAGGACCCUGACACUGACAUGAGCAUGAGGAACCCUCACCGGCACUUGGCUCCAAACAACGUUGACUUUGCCUUUACCCUGUAUAAGCACUUAGUGGCCUCAGCUCCGGGCAAGAAUGUCUUCAUCUCCCCUGUGAGCAUCUCCACAGCCUUGGCUAUGCUGUCCCUGGGCGCCAGAGGCUACACACGGGAGCAGCUUCUCCAAGGCCUGGGCUUCAACCUCACUGAGAUGUCCGAAGCUGAGAUCCACCAGGGCUUCCGGCAUCUCCACCACCUCCUCAGGGAGUCAAACACCACCUUGGAAAUGAUCAUGGGCAAUGCCAUGUUCCUUGACCACAGCCUGGAACUUCUGGAGUCAUUCUCAGCAGACACCAAGCACUACUAUGAGUUGGAGGCCUUGACUGCAGAUUUCCAGGACUGGGCAGGAGCCAGCAGACAAAUCAACGAGUAUAUCAAAAAUAAGACGCAAGGGAAAAUUGUGGACUUGUUCUCGGAGCAAGCUAGCUCAGCCAUGCUCAUCCUGGUCAACUACAUCUUCUUUAAAGGCACGUGGGCACACUCCUUCAACCCGGAAAGCACCAGGGAAGAUAACUUCUACGUGAAUGAGACGACCACGGUGAAGGUGCCCAUGAUGUUCCAGUCGAGCACCAUCAAGUACCUGAACGACUCGGUGCUCCCCUGCCAGCUGGUACAGCUGGACUACACGGGCAACGAGACCGUCUUCUUUGUCCUCCCGGUCAAGGGGAAGAUGGACACGGUCAUUGCCAUGCUGAGCCGGGACACAAUUCAGAGGUGGUCCAAGUCCCUGACCAACAGCCUGGUGGACCUGUACAUCCCGAAGAUCUCCAUCUCCGGAGGCUACGACCUCGGGGGCAUCAUGGGGGACAUGGGCAUUGCAGACUUGCUCAACAACCGGACACAUUUCUCAGGCAUCACCCAAGAGGCCCUGCCGAAGGUGUCAAAGGUGGUCCAUAAGGCCACGCUGCAACUGGAUGAGAGGGGCGUGGAGGCAGCCGCCCGCACCCAGGUCCACUGGAACUCGGCGCCCGAGCCUCUCACAGUCCGCUUCGACCGGCCCUUCGUUGUCAUGAUCUUCGACGACUUCACGUGGAGCAGCCUCUUCCUGGGCAAGGUUGUGAAUCCGACCUAAGGGGACGCCCCCAGGAGCCACAGCGCGUCUGACUCGGGCACCAGGGACCCCACAGAAAGGAGUGAGAGGUUCCCCUCUUGUAAUAAAUAACUGUCGUUGCGACUGGUGACAAGUGCGGUUGAAGGAGAAGAGUGGGACGAUUGAAAAAACUUGAAUAACAUCAAUGUAAUAUUGUACCAGUGUAAUUAUCUAGUUUUGAUCAUUGUCCUAGGGUUAUGUGAUGUAUGGAAGCACAGUGAAAGGUAUAUGGAAACACUAUUAUUUUUGCAAAUUUUUGUACGUUUGAAAUUAUUUCCAAGUAAGAACUUGAAAAGAAGGAAUCACACAAGCCAAAACACAACAGAA